AUGCGCGCCCUCUCCCUUGCAAGCCUCAUUGGCCUUGCCAAUGCGGCGUGUCCGUACAUGACCGGUGAGCUUAAACGUCGCGACACAGGAACCGACGAUGCGACCGCUGCGACAGAGGAAUUUUUGUCCCAGUACUACAUGGCCGACAAUGACACGUUCCUGACCUCCGAUGUGGGCGGUCCGAUUGAGGAUCAGAACAGCCUUCAAGUCGGAGACCGCGGCCCGACUUUGCUGGAGGACUUCAUUUUCCGACAGAAGAUCCAGCGCUUUGAUCACGAGCGUGUUCCUGAACGUGCCGUCCACGCUCGCGGCGUUGGUGCCCAUGGUGUCUUCACCUCGUACGGUGACUACUCCAACAUCACUGCGGCCUCGUUCCUUGGAGCUGAGGGCAAGGAGACCCCGGUCUUCGUCCGAUUCUCGACCGUCGCAGGUAGCCGCGGUAGUUCGGAUUUGGCUCGCGACGUUCACGGCUUUGCGACGCGCUUCUACACCGAUGAGGGUAACUUCGGUAUGUCCAUCGCAGAACAGUCGAUCCUUUACACGGGAAAUUUCCUCUGGCUAAUUCGAUUCGCAGAUAUUGUGGGCAACAACAUUCCCGUCUUCUUCAUCCAGGACGCUAUUCUUUUCCCCGACCUCAUCCACGCGGUCAAGCCUCGUGGUGACAAUGAGAUCCCUCAGGCUGCCACGGCCCAUGACUCCGCUUGGGACUUCUUCAGCCAGCAGCCCAGUUCCCUGCACACCCUGCUCUGGGCCAUGUCCGGUCACGGUAUCCCACGUUCUCUUCGCCACGUCGAUGGCUUUGGUAUUCACACUUUCCGCUUCGUCACUGAUGAGGGUGACUCCAAGCUCGUCAAGUUCCACUGGAAGUCCCUGCAGGGCAAGGCUAGCAUGGUUUGGGAAGAAGCGCAGCAGGUAUCUGGCAAGAACCCCGACUUCAUGCGCCAGGAUCUCUUUGAAGCGAUCGAGGCGGGCAGAUACCCUGAGUGGGAGCUCGGCGUUCAAAUCAUGGAUGAGGAAGACCAGCUGAAGUUUGGCUUCGACCUGUUGGAUCCCACCAAGAUCGUCCCCGAGGAAUACGUGCCAAUCACCAAGCUGGGCAAGAUGACUCUGAACCGCAACCCUCGCAACUAUUUUGCCGAGACGGAGCAGGUCAUGUUCCAACCUGGCCACAUCGUCCGUGGUGUUGAUUUCACCGAGGACCCUCUUCUCCAGGGUCGUCUCUUCUCGUACCUCGACACCCAGUUGAACCGUCACGGCGGACCCAACUUCGAGCAGCUGCCCAUCAACCAGCCUCGCGUGCCUGUGCACAACAACAACCGUGAUGGAGCAGAUGUUCAUCCCCUGAACCCCAACGCCUACACCCCGAACACUCUCAACAAGGGCUCGCCCAAGCAGGCCAACCAGACGGUGGGCAAGGGUUUCUUCACGGCCCCCGGACGCGAGUCUACUGGCCGUUUCACCCGCGCUGUCAGCCCGUCCUUCGAGGAUGUCUGGUCGCAGCCGCGUUUGUUCUACAACUCGCUGACGCCCGCUGAACAGCAGUUCGUCGUCGAUGCUAUGCGCUUUGAGAACUCCAAUGUCAAGAGCUCCGUUGUACGCAACAAUGUCAUCAUCCAGCUGAACCGCGUGUCCAACGACCUGGCCCGCCGCGUCGCUCGCGCUAUUGGCGUUGAGGAGCCGGAGGCUGACCCGACCUACUACCACAAUAACAAGACGACUAAUGUUGGUACCUUCGGACAGAAGCUGAAGAGACUGGACGGGUUGAAGGUUGGUUUCCUGGCUUCGGUUGAGACCCCUGCCUCCCUCGAGGCAGCCUCGCAGCUCAGCAAGCAGCUUUCCGAGGACGGUGUUGAUGUGGUUGUCGUUGCCGAGCGUCUAUCCGACGGCGUUGACCAGACCUACUCCGGAUCGGAUGCUAUCCAGUUCGAUGCGGUGGUCGUCGCGCCAGGCGCUGAGGGUCUCUUCUCCCCUUUCUCCUUCACUGCGUCUAGCAAUGCCACCUCCUCAUCCACUCUGUUCCCAGCCGGCCGACCCCUGCAGAUCGUCAUCGAUGGAUUCCGUUUCGGAAAGCCUGUUGGUGCUCUUGGCAGCGCCGCUACUGCGCUCAAGAACGCCGGUAUCCAGACUUCUCGCGACGGUGUCUACGUCGACAAGUCGGUGACUGGCGGAUUCGUUGAUGGCAUCAAGGAAGGUCUCCGCACAUUCAAGUUCCUUGACCGUUUCAAGCUGGAUCAUUAA